AUCGCUUGACACACAUUUUCAAAUUCGAGUACCCUUUAUCCCUCUUUUUUUGACUUGCAAAUCAAAACAUAAAAUAAAAUGAAGAAUCUGCCGUCUACAACAAUUUUGUCCAGUGACACCAAGGAGCUGCUGGAAGCCCGUGAAAAUGAGCUGAAGAAGGUGCUUCAGUUGAAACUUUUGCUGGAUGGAUUGCGCCGUUUGGAUAUGGGAAAAAAUCAGAGCCCAGAAAUCAAGCGAGUACUCAAAUUGGUGUCCAUUGGGGAAUUUGUGCGUCUAGGCGACAGCGAUGGCCAUCAAGAUCACGUACUUGACCUACAGGACUACAAGAAAAUCCCGGCCCUCUCCUACACAGACCGCAAGGCUGUGCGCACCAAUCUGACGGCCAAGCUGCAGGCCUGGCUCAUGCCCAUUGCCGAGCUGGGCGACCAGAUACGUGAGGAAUUCCCCGAAGUCUUCAGCAAAGACUUGGAACUAAACCCCGGGCAAAAGGAGAUCAUCAGGUUAGAGGUAGAGCAUCGCGCCAGCUUUGUGAAAAAGGGGGAGCUGCUCAGCCGCAAAUGCGCCCUGCUCAAUGAUGCCGCCGAGCUGAAGAUGGGUCCCCACCUAGUGGACGAGCUCCUCCUAAAACAGGCGUCCGCGGAAGUGACCCAAACCAAAGCAGAACUGCUGUGCAGCUGCGUCAUCAAUGAGAUUACAUCGCGCUCAGAGCACAGUGUGAAGGCCAUCAAGGAGGUAGAAGCACAUCUGGAUGAGCUGCUUAGUGCUAAGAACUCGGCCACCAGCGUUCAAAAUAAGUAACAAGCACUAAGAUUAUAACAACAUUAGUUUUAAAUAAAUUGCAAAUUGCGUAAGACGGGGCUGUUAC